UCACGUUGAUUUCCAAACGAAUGUACUUUUGCACACUUUGCGUCGCUACCGAGCGUUGCCAGGCGACAUACAAGCUCAUUUCCGGUUCUGUGGCGGUUUGUUUGCUUUGUCAAGGAAUUCGAACAAUAGCGCACAAUGUCUGGAGUUCCUUUCCAAAUGGCGGACAAUUUAGCUUCUAUAUUCGAUAGCGGGCCAACUAGGGCUGCUCCGGCCCGCGGGAGAAGGGCCGCACAAGCUCAAGAUAUUGACGAAAGCAUUGUCCCUGGAGAGACCUCUUCUGAAGUUCCUAUAUCGUUGUCUGGGACUAGACUUAAUGACGAAAAGCAAAGUUUUUCAGACGUUCCGAGAGUCGAGAGACCCGGUAGAAGAAGACAGAUGUGGGGGGUCGGAGGUCAAGAGGAAACUGUUGUUGAAGAUUUUAGAUUCCUGGUUGAUAACAAGGAAGAAUUGUUAUCUGAUGGGGAAGAUAUCCCGAUCAUACCGGAACUGGAGGAAUUAGAAAACGACCAACCAACAGCAGAUGAGAUAGCGGCCCCUCCCUCAGCGAUGUUCACCGAGUUACUAAGUUACCACGAGUUGGAUUCUCAUCUCUUGAGACAAUCAGCGUUUCAAAUCUUAGACAACGAGAUUGAUUUGAAGAUUUUAGCGCGAACGAUGGAUCUGCAAUCGGAGCUCGUCGAGGAAGACGAAACCUGGAACAUGGAGAAAUUGUUCGUCGAUAUGCAAUCAACCGUGACGUGUUGUAACAAGAAUAUCAUUGGUCAAGAAAUUGAGGGCGUGGCAGUAAGUAAGAAUGACAUUGACGACACGGUGAGCCGCGAAGUGUUAAUCUAAGCAUAAACGUAAACAUGUCCCCCCCUUAAAAUAAAAUACAUUUUCAAAUACAAAGUGCCUGCCCCCCGCCCAAAAAACAGAACACAUUCCAUUUGCAACAUAUUUCUAGAGAGAAUGUAACUUUUGUGCAGAACGGCCCAGAUUGCUAAAACUUUUGGGUGUAAUCACUCUUAAAUAGAAAUUGAUUUGGAAGAAUAUUAAACGUCUGUUCCAGUGGUUCCCAAACUUUUCUGUAACAUCGCCUCCUUACAGCACUUCAUACAUCAGUUUCACUUCCAAACCUCCCCGACAAUACAAAAAAAAUAUUUAUCAAAAGCCCAGUUGAACAAGUAGACUAAUUCUGGAUCAGGGUGUUUUUUAUUGAUACAGGUAAGCUUCAAAUCUUUUUGUACGUUUUUGUAUCAUCUCCCUCCGUCCUGUGGUAAUAUUUCCAAUUUUGUGAAUAAAGGUUGGUGUUUCCGACUUUAAAUUCCAUUUUAAAUAUUUUACAUGCGUUUGUUUUUUAUGAAAUAAUUCUCAUACUAAACAGAGCUCUUCACAAGCGCCACAGGUAUAUAUGGAGCUACAAUUUUUUGAUCGAGGAUCGAGCACUGCGUAUCCAUUUUGAUAAUAUUUUUAUUGGUCUAUUCAUUAAAAAAGUUUUAUAUGAAUUUUUUACCUAAAAAUUUUGACUUAGUGUACAUUUAUUUCCAUCUUAAUCUCAAAUUAUUGAACCAUGCACUGGCAGAAUCGGAGUUAUUAGAUAAAACUCUAAAUAUUCCGACCAUGGCUGUUAUCUUCGGCUGAGCUAUUUUAUGCACAACCUUUUUCAAAUUUAUGUUUUCAUUUAUGCAUUUAAUUAGGUUUUUUAGUUCGUCGGGGUCUUGUUAAUUAAUGAGACUAAAAAGCUAAAUAGUGUUUCAUUUUUAUCCCAGCGAAGAGGACAUGAAUGUACAUGUUCAGAUUCAAAUUUUUGAUUUUGUUUGUAUUUUUUUAAUUUUCUGUUAUUGUGUUUCGAUUUCCCUUUUUGCACAUGAUAGCUUUUGUUUGAUGUUAUUUUGGUUAAAAGAGAUUUUUGUUUUCGUUUCUUAAUUUCGAGUUUUGAGAGUUUUUUAGGUUGAGAUUUUGUUUCUUAUGCAUAAGCUUUUUACUUAGUGAAUGGUUGCAAUGCUCAUUCAUGGCAAGAUUUUAUUUAAUGGUGAUAACCCAACUCAAAAUUUUCAGAAACUUGGAAGUGUUUUUAACAGUCUAUUGCCUAAAUUUCAUUAUUUUAAAAGAGAGAUGUAUUUCCCCACAAAACAAUGUUAAAAGAAAAGGCAAUAUUACAGAUUUUCAUUGAAAUAUGGUGCAGAGAACAAUUCAAACAUUGAAUUGUGUUGGUCAGUAUGCAAGACAUUUACAUGUUAUCGAGAUUUGUGUUUGAACUGUGAUUAAAGUUUCAUAAUGAAUUGUGACAAUAUGGAUUAUAAAAUAAAAAGACA